GGUAUCUCCCUCUCCUCGCUCACUAUUCUGUUUAGUAGAAUCUGAGUCAACAGAUCAAGAUAUCUGAUAUAUACUAUCUUAAGAGUAGAUGAGUUAGGACCCGAAAUUCAAAGUGAGCCCACUCCUGGUUGAACCAUGGAUUGAAAGACAAUCUGGUCUGCGUGGAAUGGAUUGCCGAAAACCAUAACACACUUGACGCCUCACCCUGUGUUAAUCGGUCGGCAGCUUCUUCCAGAGGGAUUCAAGUGUGAAAAUGUCAUCUGCGUGAUGUAAAGUAUGACGUCUAACGCUUGAGCUGUAUUUCGACAUUUAAACCCUGUCGGGAUCAUCAAAAUAUGCACACAGAGGACUGUCCUUGGCUGUUCGUUUCCGAAAGCGUCCUCAUCCUCAUCCUCCAAAAGAAAGGCCGCAAUGAAAGCACUUGUUUAUGUGGGAUCAAAGAAGUGCGAGGUCCAAGAUCGACCUGCACCCAUAGUCGAAUCACCUACCGAUGCAGUCUUGAAAAUGCUCUAUACGAGCAUAUGCGGAACAGACCUCCAUAUCUUGAAAGGAGACGUUCCAGUCGUCGAACCGGGGAGAAUUCUCGGCCACGAGGGCAUUGGAAUGAUCGAAUCGCUGGGAUCCGCUGUCCGCGGGUUGGCCAUCGGGGACAUCGUCUUGAUUUCCUGCAUUAGCUCUUGUGGAGUUUGUCCCUCUUGCCGAAAGGGUCUAAAUUCACACUGUCGUUCUGGCGGCUGGAUGCUAGGAAGUGUGCUUGACGGGACACAGGCCGAGUAUGUCCGGAUUCCACAUGCGGCUUCGUCUCUGUACAAGCUCCCCCAGGAUGCGGAUAUGCAGGCUUGCGUUUCGUUUUCCGAUGCUCUGCCUACCGGUCUUGAAUGUGGCACAACCAAUGCUAGCGUGCAGCCAGGCAGUCGGGUUGCCAUUGUGGGUGCAGGCCCCGUGGGACUGGCCGCCCUGCUGACAGCGAAGUUAUAUACGCCGUCGCUCCUCGUGAUGUUUGAUGUAGAUGAGUCCAGGCUCGCCCACGCCAAGAGACUCGGGGCCGAUAAGGUCUUCAACCCCGAUAAAAAGGAUUCAAUGUUGAAGCUGGAAAGUCUGGUCGGAGAUGAGGGGUUUGAUUCAGUGAUUGAGGCCGUUGGUACUCCGAGAACCUUUGAGCUCUGCCAAACCCUGGUAGCUCCCGGUGGUGCAAUCGCGAACAUCGGGGUCCAUGGACAAAAGGUAGAUUUGGCUCUGGAUCGCCUCUGGGAACACAACAUUACCAUCAAGACACGCUUGGUAGACACUGUGACGAUUCCGAUGCUUCUGCAACUAUAUGGUGCCCGCAAGCUCGAUCCUUCCAAGCUACUGACGCACCGUAAGUGUUUCUUCCAUCAGUCAUUGCGGCCCUGCUACUGCUAAAUCCCGGGUCUAGACUAUAGAUUUUCGGAAAUCGGCGAGGCUUAUAAGAGCUUUCAGAAUCCUUCAGGACAAGGGCUGCUCAAGGUUGGAAUUCAGUUCUGAUGUCUCCAUGAGAUGUACCUUUCAUCCUUGAAGAAAUAGGAAUCAAAUGAUAUUAUUAUCGUCUUUUUCAGUGUAUUAUGGCUAGAUAUAAGAAGUAUUUCAAGCAGAAGCAGAAGCAGAAGCAGAAAAGAAAAAGAAUUGACAAGGGCAGGAUUCGAAC